AUGGAUGUAGGUAUUCUAAAAUUCCAAAAUGUACUGACGGAACGCAUAGCACUCUUAAAUGUAAUUUUAACCCAGUACGCUUACGAAACAGAAAAUUUGGUCAGUAUCGGUAAUUCAGCACUUUUAGGUCAUUUUCAUCCAAGACUAUUAGACGCAAAUGAAUUCAACCAACAAUUAAUUGAAAUAAAAAUUAAAUUACCAAUAGGAUUGGGCUUACCAAUUGACCUAGCAGAGAAAGGGAUAUUGGAACUACUAGAUAGUGGAAAUUAA